AUCAUCCACAUUUUUAUCAGAUCUCUCUCUCUCUUUCUCUGAGUCUUUGGGCGGGCGGGCGGCCAUAUGUAAAGUCUUAAUUCGUGUAUGGACUUUGGAGAUCGAUCGAUCGAUCUCGAUUGAGGGAAAGGUUUCGCGACUCUCAUCAUCGGCGCUGAUAGAUAUUAUCAACUGCGAUCGAUCAUCUUCUUCUGCUCAAAAUUAUUAAAUAAGAAAUGAGGACACCGGUAGAGCAAUUUGUCAUCUUCAUCUUCAUUUUCACCAUACUUGUAGUACUAUUGCCCAAUACAUCGGAAGGUGAUGCCAGGGUACAGACAGCGCAGAUUAUUUGCGGGAAUCAACUGGAGAACAACGCCACUAUCUUUGUCCCAAAUUUUGUGGCAACCAUGGAGAACAUCAGUAACCAGAUUAGGAGAGUUGGUUAUGGUGUAGCUGUCACUGGCUCAGGUGGUGUCGACACUAAUUAUGGCCUUGCCCAGUGUUACGGUGACCUUUCUCUCCUAGAUUGCGUCUUAUGUUACGCCGAGGCUCGAACUGUUCUUCCCCAGUGUUAUCCCCACAAUGGUGGCCGCAUUUUCCUUGACGGUUGCUUCAUGAGAUCUGAAAACUACACCUUCUUUCACGAGUAUACAGGGAAGGAGGAUAGAGCUGUGUGUGGGAACAAGACCAGGCAGACCUCUGCGUUUCAACUGUCUGCAACACAGGCUGUGAAUCAAGCAGUUGCAGAUGCAACAAAUGGAAAUGGGUAUGGAAGAGCCCAGGUGGAAGUAUCUGGGACAUUAAACCAGUCUGCUUAUGUUCUAGCUGAUUGCUGGAAAUCCCUCAACUCAAACUCUUGCAAGGCUUGUCUAGAAAAUGCGACUCAUUCUAUUCUUGGGUGCCUUCCAUGGUCAGAAGGGCGUGCGAUGAACACAGGAUGCUUUAUGCGGUAUUCUGAUGUAGAUUUCCUUAAUCCCGUGCCUCUAAAUCCAAGGACAAGAAGAGGGCGCACAGUAAUUAUAGUGGUUGCGGCUAUCAGUUCUUUGGUGGUUUUGAUGACUGUGGCACUUCUUGGAGUUAAUAUCUGGAAGAGGAGAAUAAUAGAGAAGAAGAGGAAAGGUUCCAACGAUGCAGAGAAAUUAGUGAAGACACUUCAUGACAGUGAUUUGAAUUUCAAAUACUCCACACUAGAGAAAGCCACGGAAUCUUUUGCUGAGUCAAAUAAGCUUGGACAAGGCGGAUUCGGAACAGUUUACAAGGGAGUUCUACAAGAUGGAAGAGAGAUAGCUGUGAAACGUCUCUUCUUCAACAAUAGACACAGAGCAGCAGAUUUCUACAAUGAAGUCAACAUAAUAAGUAGUGCAGAGCACAAAAACCUGGUGAAGCUGUUAGGUUGCAGCUGUUCUGGCCCUGAAAGUCUUCUUGUUUAUGAGUACCUGCCCAACAAGAGUCUUGAUGGUUUCAUAUUUGACUCAAUGAAGGCUAAAACAUUUAACUGGGAGAAGAGAUUCCAAAUAAUAAUUGGAACGGCAGAAGGUUUGGUCUACCUUCAUGAGAACAGCAAAGCCAGAAUCAUUCACAGAGAUAUAAAAGCAAGUAACAUACUGUUGGAUGUAAGGUUUCGUGCUAAAAUUGCAGACUUUGGAUUAGCCAGGUCCUUCCAAGAGGAUAAAAGUCACAUCAGCACUGCCAUUGCAGGAACACUAGGAUAUAUGGCUCCGGAGUACCUAGCCCAUGGGCAGUUGACAGAGAAGGCUGACGUGUACAGCUUUGGUGUGCUGUUAUUAGAGAUUGUGACUGGCAAACAAAACAAUAAGGGUAACGCUGCAGAUUACACAGACAGUCUUGUCACAAUGGUAUGGAAGCAUUUUCAAGGAGGGUGUGUAGAGGAAGUUAUUGAGGCAAACUUGAUGUUGAAGAAGCAGAAGAAUGAAGCAGUGAAGAGUGAGGUGUUGAGAGUAGUGCACGUAGGUCUCCUAUGUGCCCAAGAGAUUCCAACAUUGCGUCCAUCAAUGUCAAAGGCAUUACAAAUGCUGGUAAACAAGGAUGAAGUACUACCUCCACCUACAACUCCACCUUUUACAGACGAGACAACCAUGGAACUUAACAGCUUUUCGGACAGACAAGCUUCCCCACACAUGAUCAAUCCUGGCGAUCCCAAUUCUUCGUUUGCCACUGUUUCUACUGUUUCCUUCCACCCAAGGUGAGAAGAAGAAGAAGAAGAAGAUUUUAUUCAAACUGGGGUCCCUUGUACAAAAAUAUAGAUGGAGAUGGGAGAAGGUAAGACAAAAAACAAAGUUGGUUGUUGGUUCACAGUUAAGAGAAGAGAAGAGAAGAGAAGAAUCAUCAGGCAAUGAUGAGUUACUUACACUACUACUGAGUGAGAUCUUCUGGACAAGCCAAACCAAACCAAGCCAGGCAAGGCAGGAGAAGGGUUAAUUAGUUUUUUUUGUUAAUUAUUAUAAUUAUUUUUGAUAUAAAAUGAAAUGAAUACAUUAGUAUGUAUGUUUACUGACUUUUGAGUGCCCUAAAAUACUCAUUUUGGGGUGUGUAGUAGUUGUUGAACCCUGAAUUGAUCAAAUAUACCACCUGAAAGAC